GUGUUUCAAGAGCGUCAUGUGACCUCACUUCAGACAUUAGACCUGCGCGGGAGAAAGCAGCAUUAAAGCAGCUUUUCGGACCCGGAAGCGCGCAGUCAGCGUAGCUAACCGUGAAGACAUGUCGACGUCACCGGCCGCAGGAGGGGGACCCACCCGAGGGCCCGCGCGCUUCAUCAGCGGGGUGGUGGAAGGGUUUUAUGGGCGACCAUGGACCAUGGAGCAAAGAACAGAGCUGUUUCAGAGGGAGCAGAAGUGGGGUUUGAACACGUACCUUUAUGCCCCUAAAGAUGACUACAAACACAGGAUGUACUGGAGAGAGCUGUACUCCCCCAAGGAGGCAGAACAUCUGAUCGCCCUGAUUUCAGCAGCUGAACAGCACAAAGUUGAGUUCAUCUAUGCAAUCUCUCCCGGUCUGGAUAUCACGUUCUCCAACCCCAGAGAGGUAGCAGCCCUGAAGAAGAAGUUGGACCAGGUGAAGGAGUUUGGCUGCAGGUCUUUCUCGUUGCUCUUUGAUGACAUCGAGACUGAGAUGUGCCCUGCUGAUAAGGAGGCUUUCAGCUCCUUCGCCCACGCUCAGGUGUCUGUCACCAAUCAGGUGUACCAGCACCUGGGAGAGCCUGAGACCUUCCUCUUCUGUCCCACAGACUACUGCGCUGCGUUCUGCACCCCCGACGUGUUGCGGUCCUCAUAUCUACUCACGGUGGGAGAAAAUCUCCUUCCUGGCAUCGACGUUCUUUGGACCGGUCCCAAAGUGGUGUCCCACACAAUCUCCGUCCAGUCCAUCGAGGAGGUGUCCUCUGUCCUGAGAAGGGCGCCGGUCAUAUGGGACAACAUUCACGCCAACGAUUACGACCCCCAAAGAAUCUUCCUCGGCCCUUAUAAGCACCGGCCCACUGAUCUGAUACCGAAGCUGAGGGGAGUUCUCACUAAUCCCAACUGUGAGUUUUACUCCAACUUCGUGGCCAUCCACACGUUGGCAACGUGGUGCAAAGCUUCACCUAAAGAGGGACCGAGGGUGGUGGAAACAGCAGCUGGAGAAGAGGAGACGGAGCCCUGCUACAGCCCCCAGAAAGCCCUGACCCUGGCCCUCACCGACUGGCUGCAGGAGUUCAUGAGCACCGAUCAGCCAGGAGGUUCUCGUCGUCCAGCUCUCCUCGAGCAAGAGUCUUCAGACGAGGAGCCCAUGCAGAUGGACGUGUCUGAGAGUCCCUACUGUCCUGGUCCUGGGGAGAACCCGUUGUACACAGCAGAACCUCUGACUCUGGAUGACCUGAAGCUGCUUUCUGACCUCUUCUACUUGCCGUACGAGUAUGGGGGCAUAGCCAGGAACAUGCUGGAGGAGCUGCACUGGCUCAAAAUCCACAGACAGGCGGCAGCAGAGCAGACGGACAAGACAGAGGAGUGGCGAUCCAAGGCGCGGCGGUUCGACAGCAGGUGUGAAGAUGUGGUGCAGAUGUUCAACCGUCUGUCGAACGCCCCAAACCGCAGCAUCCUGUACGACCUCUACAACUACAUCUGUGACAUCAAGAGCGGCGUCGGUCUGGCACGGGCCUAUGUCAAAAUGCUGGGAGGUCAGGGUCAACCUUCUGCCCUGGUAAUGAGUGAAGAUCCUGAACCCUGGGGCUUCAGAGGAGGCCUCUCCGGGGAGAUCCAGAGGAUGCUGCCAGGACACGGGAACCGGGACCUUUUCAAACACCCUCCCACGACUCCGGUUUACUUCAUGCGUGCUUACUGCGACAAGGACAAGACACAAGUGCAGAAGAUCUGGGAGGAGAUGCUGAGUGGAGGAAAGGAGCAGAGCCCUCUGAUGUUGCAGCUUCCGCUCAUCAGUGAUUGCCUGUCGUCGGGCCAAAUCUCCCCCUCCCCUGGGUGCGCUUUUGUCCUGGAGGAUGAGCUCGGGACUUGUGGUUAUGCUCUGGCGCUGACUGACGCCAAAGCAGUUGCUGCAGGGAUUCAGAGAGAUGUGAAUGAGUCGCUGUUGAAGGAUUUCCCCUCUCUGGUCGUUGUGCAAGUGCUUCCCCGAGUCACUGACCCGACUCCAGCCAAGCGUAUGGUGGGUCAGCUGUUGUCCUCCAUCAGCAGCAACGGGUCCAGAGGAGCGUUUUGUGAGUUGAGGCGAAGUGAUCGAAGGAUGCUCGAGUUUUACUCCAAAUUCGGCUCCUUCAAACAUAUACAAAUGGACUCUCAGGAUAUAGUUGUCAUGGCAACAAGCCUGUAAACUAGCUUUCCUCAGGUGUGAAAUGUUCUGACAACUGAGUAAAUGCCUUCUUGAAGAAAAAAAAGUAUCUUUUUCUGAAUCUUUGAAUUUUUAAACACCAACAAUAAAAGUGAUUAUUUCCGAUUAAA